AUGGCAUACGACGGAUAUCGCAACUCGGGCUUCGAUCCGCCUGGGUUUAACCCGAAUCCCAGCAUCAAUAGCAACCAAGGUGCCAACGGCAGCAGCACCAGUAUUAACAAUAGCAGUCAUCCGAACGCUGCCUAUUCUGGCUACUUGCAACCGCCGUACGGAGAAAACUACGCAGCCGAGCAAGAUACACAGCAGCAGCAUCCACCGCAACAGCAACAAGUACCAUACACAUCGUCAUCUGCAUCAAAUCAAGGAACAGAGUACCCUGACCCGGCGAGCUUCUAUCCUCCUCCCACCGGCCAUCCUCCACCGCACGGAGAUGCUCUGAAACAGCCGCCGUUUUCACCCACGGCGUCACGCCAGGGACCGCCGCAGCAACCGCCACCUCCCCCGCGGGUACCUGAUCCAAGCUAUCCGUCACCAGAUCUAAUUGCGCAGGUCACAGCAGCAGUUAUACAGCAGCUACGGCUAGCCAAUCCAAACAAUAACCCUCCGCCGCCGCCUCCUCCUCCUCAUCCGAGCCUGCAGCAGCAGAACUACCAGCCGCCAACGCCCGCCCUGUCAAAUACAAGCUACAAGCAGAGUCCGAACCCAGAUACUCUCAGUCCCAAUACCACCACCGGUCAAUAUAUACCACCUUCUUCCUCUGUAUCAGCGCAGCCUGAUCUCUCCAAUGCGCCGGCGCAGUCAGCUUAUGCUCCGCCAAUACCGUCCAAGUUCGACGAGAAUGCCUAUCCCAGUGCGGCGGUGCAGCGGCCCCCGUCAAGGCCGGGAAGUGCUCACCAACUACCGCCUCCUUCUCCGGGCAUGGAGAGAACGCGAGGAUCGUCCUUUGGCUCAUUAAAUGGUGGACAGGAAGGUAGUCGGCGUCCAAAGGGCCCGUCUAGGCUUUCGACGGCAACGGACAUCACCACACUCGAGAGGAUCUGGGGGACGCUCUUUGAUAAGGAUGAUACCCCUACGAGUCGGAUAGGCCAGCUCUUGCGUGGGAUUGCCGUUCAUCUGAUUGAGAACUAUCCACCUGGAAACACCCUGGUCAUCACUCCAGAGAAAAUGCAAAAGUUUUAUAGCGAUAAUAGUGUACCUUCUGAUCCUUAUCCAUGGCGUGACAUCUUCGAUAAUCGCACGUCGUCGAUCUCCCGCCUCUACCGCUCAAUGAGCAUCGAGCACCACCUCAUCCAGGUCCGUCUUGACGAACGUCCUGACAUUCCAGGCCUGACUCCCCGCGGUUUCGAACGCUGGAUGACAAUGAUGAUCCAGGCACAUCCGGAGCGGGAGUUCGAUCGCCUCCAGUCUGUCAUACAGAACAUGCCUAUCAGUAAUCCUGAUGAUAAAAAGGAACGAUUCCCCAAGGAAUUAUCCAGGAGACUAUUCCCAAAACUGGCCGAUUAUGAUAUCAAAGAUACCCUUGAUCGAUGGAUUGGUACACAUUGUCAUGUCGAAAUAACCCAGGGCAUGCUUGAAGAGCCCAGUCUACGUCAUCCUCGCGCCAAGUCAAGCAUAGAUAAUACAUCUGCUGGCCUCCCUUCGCGGCCAGCAAGUGCGGAUGUACGGCCGAAACAGAUCCCACCAGCUGCUACGGUCGAGGACGCAGAUGAUGAAUAUGAUGAUCAAAUCGCUGCUUCUAGUGCAGACGUAGACGUACCAGUGACACAGCCCAUCGAACGAGAACGGAAACCAUACAGCAUGCCGAAAUUGAAUAAAACGUAUCGAGAUGAAACUUCCAGCCCCGUCCCCACUGGUAGCACCACCACUGCAAACACAAGCUCACGACAUCAGGAUUCCGGCUCUGGCAUUAACACUAGCAGGAAACAGCAUGUUGUCAUCUACGACGGCGAAGAUGAUGAAGUAUUAAGCCCGUCCGAUGAUAUCGACUCCAAGUAUAGCACGUCACAUCAUGGACAUACGCGUUCACAUUCACAUUCGCACCCCCAUGGACACGGGCAUUUACAUGAUGACAUUAAGCGGCAUCACGGGAAGGACAGAGAUAGAGACAGGGAUCUUGACUGGGGUGGGGAUAUAGGCAGAGAUAGGGAUCGCACGCGAAAUUCUUGGGGUAGUGAUGAGGAGUUUUAUCGUAGCUCUAUCUCGGAUAGGGAUAGGGGACGGAGGAGAGGGGAAAGCCGUGGACGACACGGACAUCUAUCGACGUUUGAUAAUCUUUGGGGAUAUCGCUAG